AUCACUACGACCUGUGCUCGUCGGCCCCUCCUGCAGCGCCAUUAUGAGCGAAUCUGGCGGAUCGAAAAGCGGUUCGCAGAUUGCGAACAACAUCAAAGUUUUUCUCCGCCUUCGUCCUACCAGUCGGGCUUUUGUCGGCUUCAACCAGCGCGAAGAUGAGGAUAUUGUCGAGUUCGACCUGGACCGGGGCGAUCCUAAUGCAUUCGUCAAUAACAGCAAGGCAAAGCACAAGUUCAAAUUUGACGGCAUAUUCGGGAUGGAUGCGACGCAAGAAGAAGUGUUCAAGUCGGUGGCAGUGCCCGUAAUAACAGAUGCGCUGAGCGGGGUGAACGGAACGAUAUUUGCGUAUGGGCAGACAGGGAGCGGAAAAACUUAUACGAUUUUAUGGACUUCUACAUGGUGAUGCUGGUUUUCAAUCUUUUUGAUUUUUCAGGCAUGCAGAUGCGUAAGUACCCAUAUUUUUUGUAAUGUUGUUGCUUGUCUUGUUGAUGUAGUUGUAGGAGGGUAGUUCUUGUUGUGCGUACUUUUAUUUUCUGUAUCCGCCGGGAAGACGAAGAUACCUCCGACUUCUGUUCAGUUUUACACGACGGAGCCCUCUUCUUCUAAUCCCCACUGGUGGCUCCGAGAAAUAUGUCGAUCGCGGUUUGAUUCCUCGUACGAUCAGCGAAAUUUUCGACCAUAUCCGAAAAGACGGCAAAUCCAGACACCAAUGCUUUAUCUCGUACUUGGAGAUCUACAACAACUUUGGCUACGAUUUGCUAAGUCGUGACGAAAACGCAACAAAGUUAGAGGAACUACCAAAAGUCAGUCUCCGGGAAGAUGAAGAUGGGAAUAUGCAUCUGAAAAAUUUGUCAGUCAAUGUGGCGAAUACAGAGGAAGACGCAUUAAACUUGCUGUUUUUGGGAGAUACAAAUCGGGUAUUGUUCUUAACUUCUCCAUUCAUCUAUCAGCCACAUCUUCUCCAACCACUAGUAACCCAAUCUUCUUCGCAUUUUUAGUUGUUUAGCAACUACGUCCUCGUUGCCGCUUUCAACACUUUUUUUCAAAAGAUUCAUAACUUCUAUUAAUCUGUGAUUCAUCACAUGAUCUAUUACUCUUCACAGCCGCGUCCUUCCACCCAACACCAGGUAGUCGCAGAAACGCCAAUGAAUGAUGCAUCUACACGAUCGCAUUGCAUCUUCAUCGUAUGGAUUCAAUCUAGUGAGCACGGCAGCGACACUGUUCGAAGGUCCAAGAUACAUUUGGUGGAUUUGGCAGGAUCAGAGCGUGUGUCGAAAACGGGUGUGGAUGGAAAACUGUUGGCGUAUUUUUUACUUGCCCUGCUUCGUUUCAAAAACAAAAUCUUAAUCUUGUAUCACAAUCACGAUCGAGUUGUUUGAAUGUUGAUGGUGGAGAAAACUACAAUCAUGUACUAGUACUAUGAAUGUUUUUCGAUCCUCUUUCUCCUAUUUUCUUGUGAAACAACAUCAACAAGAACAUCUGUCUCCAACUCCAACGACUACACCCAAACAACAUCACAGGGAAGCAAAGUACAUCAACAUUUCCCUGCACUUUUUGGAACAAGUGAUAGUAGCUCUGCAGGAGCGUGCGAAUGGAGGGCGUAGCCAUGUGCCCUAUCGUUAAGGCUUCCCUUCAUCCAUUUUCGGAAGCAUCCUCAGUCAAGAGGGUUCUCAAGGAGAAAAAGCAUCCGGGAUGCAUCUUGAGACGGAUUAGGGUGAGCGCUAAUAUCGAAAUAGUAUGAUGACUUCAGUCUUGCGGGAUAGCCUUGGCGGAAACUGUAAGACAGUGAUGCUUGGCACCGUUGCAUUGGAAACCAGCAAUGUGGAUGAUUAGGGCUGGUUGAUGUAAUGUUUUUGGAUGUUUAACACAUAAGAAAGAAUAUACUUGAUAGAAGAUAGCCUUUUCUUUUUUCUACCUUCCUCUGGUCUUUGUUUUUCUAGUUCUUAGGUCUGCUCCGCCACAGAUAUAAUUAACCGUGCCGUUACCAACAUCAUCGAACUACUAUACUAUAGAUACAACUAACCUUUUAUUUCCCUCUCCUCAGGUGGAUGAUGGGGGUCGUUCCACACUGAAUCACAUUCACACUGAUCCAUAAUUCCAAAACUCCACUACUUCAUAUCUCUAAACCAAAAGCCUUUCAACAUGCCGUUUCGCACAGCGCGUCGCUUGCAUUAAGAAUUCGGCAAUUGUGAACGAGGAGCUAGACCCGAGUCUCAUGAUAAAGCGGCUAAAACGUGAAAUUUAAGGGCACGAACGUUUUAUAGAAGGUGCUCCUGUAGUGGCCAUUUGUUUUGUCUCGUCUCUCUCCACCUAAGGGAGGACGAGAAAAGCAUAAAAACAAACAGGAUGAAACAGAAACACCAAGAAAACCCUACCUCUAAGAAAUAUUGGAAUUGAAAGACCAGUUGAAACAGUAUCAACAAAGCGACGAAGACCAAAAUGACGAGCCACUGUCGAUGGAGCAGGUGGAAAAAUGCAGAAAAAAUGUCACGGAAUUUGUUGAGGAUAUACACACAGCGAAUUUCUUGUUAUGUCGGGAGUGAGAUUGACAUUUCUUUUUCUUCUUCUGAAGAUGUGUAGUCAGGACUGCAGUCUUCAAGAUGUCCACCAAUAAGAAUGUGAAAACAUCAUCAAUCCGAGUGCUGCUAGUACAAGGACCUUCUUCUAAGUGUCGUCGGCGGUGGUCAAAAAUGGAUGCAAGAAUGUUUCCGACAAUUCCGACAGCUCGCUGUGCGUGGUGGCGGUCCUUCAGGAGGAGGUGGAUCUUCAGCUAGCUCAGGACUUCCCAGUUCAGCAGGAGGAGGGCCCUCCAAUGAAGCUGCAAACAAAUCCUUACAGCAACAAGUGAAGCAGUUGCAGCUAGAGGUAGCACAACGAGACCAAGAGAUUGGCAUUUUAGUUUCGAUAGUGAAUCGGAAUGGAGGAAGCUAUGGAGGUGGUGGAGGUGGACCUCCUGGUGCUGCUGGAAAUUUCCAAACCGGGGGAUCAUCUCCGUCCAAACCUCGAGGACAUGUUGGCGGAGGUGGACAGGAUGCUUCUACCUAUGGCUGAAGAAGGAGAAAUCUAGAGGAGAAGUUUUGUUCAACUCCCAUUUCUUUCUUGUUCAUUCUACUUACUUUUCAUUAAAAUAUUGUCGUCCUUUCUGUUUUCGUGGUUUUCUUUUGCAAGACUGACUAGUACAGUCCACUGGUGCUUGAUUGUCGCACAUGAUAGGUUGCCCUCCAUCUGCUCUAACCUACGAUCGCUUCUUCAUCGAUCGCAAAUACUAGCAUGCUAUCGUCAAGCACCGGUGGCGGUGCGACGCCUUCAAAUUCAUCGCAAAUUUCAGCUUCACAACAACAACUUCCUCUUGGCGCUGGUGCAGCUAUGACCUCGACUAGAGCUGGAGGAGGUGGACCCGGAACCCACACUCAACAGCAUCCUCUUACAGCUGCUAAGGGUACGUUUUAUAGGUGCUCCUCCUGUAGUUCCCGUUAGUUCUUUUGCUUUUCUUAAAGGCAAGCCAGGGGGAAAGGAGGCAUAACUAACGGGGGGAAAGGCAAAGGCAUAACUAAAACUAACGGGGUAAGUAAAUACGCUACCACUAAAACCACUCUACUCAACCUCUAAUCCACCACCGCACCAACCAAUAGCGCCCGUACCUCGAGGUCGCGAAGCGGCAGAGCUCCUGUUAGAUAGAGCGAAGGCGUUUGAGGUUUUUCGGAAGAGCGUACGGAGAAACGAGUCCUUUGAGGAGAAUAAAGAGCUAUUGCGGAAAUUCUACACAGAAGCGAAAGGUCUCGGCGAGGAAGCGAACAACGCGAGACAGAGAGCAGCGCAGACGAAAACAGCGAUACAGCAAUUGAGGUUGAAGAAAGCAAUGAAUGAAGAGGAAGUUAAGACAACAAAUACUGCCCAUUGUUUAAAAUUGCGUCAACAUGAUCAUAUAAUUGAACGAAGCUAAGACAACAAACACUGCCCAUUAGAAUUGCGUCAAUAUCAUAUAAUAAGUUGAACGAAGUUAAGACAACGAAUACUGCCCAUUAGAAUAGCGUCAACGUCAUAUAAAUAUAAUUGAACUACGUAUCCUUAUCCGUGGUUCGAGACAGACGAUUUGCCUUAUAUUUAAAUGGUGCCCCAAUGAAUCCCUAAAGAUGAUCAAGAACUGAUUAUGUAAUGUGUCCUCUCUUCUGAUGAAAAAGACAAUUCAUUGAAAACUUCGUCGGUAGUUGUACUACUUUCGUCGGUAGUUCUAAAAUUUGUGGCGAAGGAGCAGAGGCGAAAGGCCCCUUACCCCCAUCAGUGGAAGAACAGGGCUUGCUGGAUCAGCUGGAAAAGGACAAGAGGGUCUACUUAUGGCAGUUGAGUACUGAAGAUUGUUUGUUGCUCUCUCUGUUGAUCACGAUCACCGUCUAGUACUCUCAUUAUUAUGGCGGUUGGUUUCUUCAUGAUCGUACGGUAGGAGGGAAUGCGUCAUCAAUGAGUUGUAUACAACUUCUUGUAUGGAUCAUGAACAGACCGUUAUCUUCGCUACCAUGUUCUUGCCGUCAGCAUCAUUUUUGGUGUCAUCAACAUCAUUUUUGAUGUGAAACAUCAGCAUCAUGGUCAUUCAACUUCAACGAUCUAUCUUCAAGAGAAUUCGUUUUCAUCUUCGUAUGAUCUAAUCCCCGGCGAAGCCACUGGUCGUCUGCGAACAGUAAAACACGAUAUUGAGAGGGUCCAACAAGUUCUUGAGCAGAAUAAGAAGCGCCUUCAGAAAGACUUCGAAAGCUGGUUCGUUUCCCUCAGAAAGUUAAGAGACUUCUCCCGCAAUUACUUCAAGAAGUGUAAUAGUUCAAGGACAGGGUUACUAGUGCUAGUGUCCUGAUAUUUCACUGAUUCUAUUUCUACCUACAGGCCUUCUUCAUUACGUACUAGUAUGAUCCAUUGGUAUACUACUUAAUAGUUGAAUACCGAAUGUCAACGUUCUCUUCAUCUUGCUCAAGAAGAUGAUACUGGUUGGUUAACUUUGAUAACUACAUCCCUUUUAUGCAUCCUUCUCUAACGAAUGAAGCGACCGAGAGCUUACGGGACGUGCAAUCAAUUGAAGAGAUGGAAAGUUUACAAGCCAGUGCUGUGCCUCCGGAAGUGAAACUAACUGGUAACGAAGCCGUCGAUGAAGAGGUAAAAGGCUUUUACAAAGCUCUCAGCAAAAUAGGGGGUCCUCCACCUCCAGGAGCUUGAAAGUGCCCUUAUUUAUUAUGUUUUCUUUUGUUUUCACAUCCUCGGAGUCGAGCCAGGUGCCGGAACGAGGGUUCCAUGUGCAGGAUCCACAACCUACCCUAACCUAACCUAACCUAGGCACUACGUAGUUGUAGCCGUUGCACACCGACGUGGGUUUAUGUUUUCUUUUGUUUUCACUAGGUCGCAGUUGUAGCUGUAGGCGUAGGCGUACACUUCUACACUGCCGACGUCGGUUCAUCAUCAUCAGAUUCCGAAUCAUCAUCACCAUCAUUACUUGAUAGAUCACUAUGUUGUUUAUUUUGUUUUUUCCAUGCAAGUCAAAGUCUUAGUCUAUUAUAUGUAGUUGUAGGUCUUUUAGAAGAAGGUAAAGGUACUUUCUCUAUCGUCGCAAACGCAAUCGCUUUUAGUAUGUCUGUGCGACUUCUUGGUUGUUAACAACUCCUUGAACUCUACCUGUCCAUGGGAAGAAAGACAAUAGAUUCUAGUACGACCACAUCAAACAUGAGCAAGUCAAUCAGUGACGAAAGGAAAUUGUUGAUGAAAACCAUGUGAG